ACCCUCAACUGUCCCAGGCCAAGGCCAUGGCCAUGGAUAGAUUCUUCUUCUGCAACUUAUUUGCCUACUUAUUUCUGAGAUUUAUACUUAUUGCAGCAGCACCUGAGAGUGCUCUAGUCACCAAUCUUCCUGGUUUCAGUGGCACUCUUCCUUCCAAACACUAUUCUGGGUAUAUAACGGUGGAUGAGACUAACCAGAGAAACCUAUUUUACUACUUCGUUCUUUCGGAGGGAAGCCCAUCGAAGGAUCCAGUUGUUCUAUGGCUUAAUGGUGGACCAGGCUGCUCUAGCUUUGAUGGUUUUGUGUAUGAGCAUGGCCCAUUCAAUUUUGAAGCAGCAAAUACAUCUGGAGGCUUACCCCAAUUGCAUCUCAAUCCAUACAGCUGGUCCAAGGUCUCAAACAUCAUCUAUUUGGAUUCUCCUGCAGGAGUUGGAAUGUCUUAUUCCAAAGUUCAAGCUGACUAUAAUACUGGAGACUUAAAGACAGCAUUAGAUUCACACAGCUUUCUCCUAAAGUGGUUUGAGCAAUACCCAGAGUUCCUUUCUAACCCAUUUUACAUAGUUGGGGAGUCAUAUGCUGGAGUGUAUGUGCCAACUCUUGCUUCUGAAGUUGCAGGAGGAAUUCAAGCUGGCGUGAAACCCGUUCUCAACUUCAAAGGUUACAUGGUUGGUAAUGGUGUCACGGAUGAAGUAUUUGAUGGAAACGCUUUAGUACCAUUUGUCCAUGGGAUGGGUCUCAUCUCAGAUGAUCUAUAUGAGGAGACUUUGAAAGCCUGUCAAGGAAAUUACUGGAAUCCUGCUUCUGGUGUCUGUGGAGACAAGCUUUCAAAAAUUGACCAGGACGUCAAUGACCUAAACAUCUAUGACAUUCUUGAGCCCUGCUACCACAGCCCAAACUCUGAAAAGUUCACAGAUGGUAAAAUCAAGUUACCUUCUAGCUUCAGGAAGUUAGGUGAGACUGAGAGGCCUCUUGCUGUGAGGAAGAGGAUGUUUGGUCGUGCUUGGCCAUAUAGAGCUCCUGUGAGAGAUGGGAUAGUUCCGACAUGGGGACAGAUUCUGAAUGGUGACGACAAUGUUCCAUGCACUGAUGAUGUAGUUGCAACUGCAUGGCUGGACAACGCAGCAGUUAGGCAAGCAAUUCAUGCUGAACAGCAAAGCGCCAUUGGUGGCUGGCAGUUAUGUACAGACAAUAUCAAUUUUAAUCAUGAUGCCGGAAGCAUGAUCAAGUAUCACAAGAACCUCACUGCUCUUGGUUAUCGGGCUCUUAUUUACAGUGGAGAUCAUGAUAUGUGUGUGCCAUAUACUGGGAGCCAAGCAUGGACUAGAUCGCUUGGAUAUAAAAUUAUAGACGAAUGGAGGCCUUGGUAUUGCAAUGAUCAAGUUGCAGGGUACACGCAAGGCUAUGAACACAACCUCAGAUUUCUCACUGUAAAGGGGUCUGGACAUACUGUCCCUGAAUACAAGCCAGUAGAGGCAUUGGCCCUUUUUAGCCGUUGGUUGGCAGGACAAUCAAUAUGAACAAAGUUGAAGAAAUAGGUACAUGAGAGAGAGCAGUAUUAAUAAUGUCCUGCUCUCCGUAUCUGUUCUCA